AUGAUUGAUAAGACAUUUAGUUUGAAUCUUAGUAGUUUGAAUCCUAGUAGUUUGAAUCUUAGUAGUUUGAAUUCUAGUAGUUUGAAUCCUAGUAGUUUGAAUCCUAGUAGUUUGAAUCCUAGUAGUUUGAAUCCCAGUAGUUUGAAUCCUAGUAGUUUGAAUCCUAGUAGUUUGAAUCCUAGUAGUUUAAAUUCUAGUAGUUUGAAUCCUUAUAGUUUGAAUCUUAGUAGUUUGAAUCCUGGUAGUUUAAAUCUUAGUAGUUUGAAUCCUAGUAGUUUGAAUCUUAGUAGUUUGAAUCUUAAUAGUUUGAAUCUUAGUAGUCUGAAUCCAAGUAGUCUGAAUCCUAGGAGUUUGAAUCCCAGUAGUUUGAAUCCUAGUAGUUUGAAUCCUAGUAGUUUGAAUCCUAGUAGUUUGAAUCCUAGUAGUUUGAAUCCUAGUAGUUUGAAUCUUAGUAGUCUGAAUCCAAGUAGUUUGAAUCCUAGUAGUUUGAAUCCUAGUAGUUUGAAUCCUAGUAGUUUGAAUCCCAGUAGUUUGAAUCCUAGUAGUUUGAAUCCUAGUAGUUUGAAUCCUAGUAGUUUGAAUCUUAGUAGUCUGAAUCCAAGUAGUUUGAAUCCUAGGAGUUUGAAUCCCAGUAGGUUGAAUCCUAGUAGUUUGAAUCUUAGUAGUUUGAAUCCUAGUAGUUUAAAUCUUAGUAGUCUGAAUCCAAGUAGUUUGAAUCCUAGGAGUUUGAAUCCUAGUAGUUUGAAUCCUAGUAGUUUGAAUCCUAGUAGUUUGAAUCCUAGUAGUUUGAAUCUUAGUAGUCUGAAUCCAAGUAGUUUGAAUCCCAGUAGUUUGAAUCCUAGUAGUUUGAAUCCUAGUAGUUUGAAUCCUAGUAGUUUGAAUCCUAGUAGUUUGAAUCCUAGUAGUUUGAAUCUUAGUAGUCUGAAUCCAAGUAGUUUGAAUCCUAGGAGUUUGAAUCCCAGUAGUUUGAAUCCUAGUAGUUUGAAUCCUAGUAGUUUGAAUCCUAGUAGUUUGAAUCCUAGUAGUUUGAAUCCAAGUAGUUUGAAUCCUAGUAGUUUGAAUCCUAGUAGUUUGAAUCCUAGUAGUUUGAAUCCCAGUAGUUUGAAUCCUAGUAGUUUGAAUCCUAGUAGUUUGAAUCCUAGUAGUUUGAAUCUUAGUAGGUUGAAUCCAAGUAGUUUGAAUCCUAGGAGUUUGAAUCCCAGUAGGUUGAAUCCUAGUAGUUUGAAUCUUAGUAGUCUGAAUCCAAGUAGUUUGAAUCCUAGUAGUUUGAAUCCUAGUAGUUUGAAUCCUAGUAGUUUGAAUCUUAGUAGUCUGAAUCCAAGUAGUUUGAAUCCUAGUAGUUUGAAUCCCAGUAGUUUGAAUCCCAGUAGUUUGAAUCUUAGUAGUUUGAAUCUUAGUAGUUUGAAUCCUAGUAGUUUGAAUCCUAAUAGUUUGAAUCCUAAUAGUUUGAAUCCUAGUAGUUUGAAUCUUAGUAGUUUGAAUCCUAGUAGUUUGAAUCCUAGUAGUUUGAAUCCUAGUAGUUUGAAUCUUAGUAGUUUGAAUCCUAGUAGUUUGAAUCCUGGUAGUUUGAAUCCCAGUAGUUUGAAUCCUAGUAGUUUGAAUCCUAGUAGUUUGAAUCCCAGUAGUUUGAAUCCUAGUAGUUUGAAUCCUAGUAGUUUGAAUCCCAGUAGUUUGAAUCCUAGUAGUUUGAAUCCUAGUAGUUUGAAUCCCAGUAGUUUGAAUCCUAGUAGUUUGAAUCCUAGUAGUUUGAAUCCUAAUAGUUUGAAUCCUAGUAGUUUGAAUCCCAGUAGUUUGAAUCCUAGUAGUUUGAAUCUUAGUAGUUUGAAUCCUAAUAGUUUGAAUCCUAGUAGUUUGAAUCCUAGUAGUUUGAAUCCUAGUAGUUUGAAUCUUAGUAGUUUGACUCUUAGUAGUUUGAAUCCUAGUAGUUUGAAUCCUAGUAGUUUGAAUCUUAGUAGUUUAAAUCCUAGUAGUUUGAAUCCUAGUAGUUUGAAUCUUUCUAGUUUGAAUCCUAGUAGUUUGAAUCUUAGUAGUUUGAAUCCUAAUAGUUUGAAUCUUAGUAGUUUAAAUCCUAGUAGUUUGAAUCCUAGUAGUUUGAAUCCUAGGAGUUUGAAUCUUGGUAGUUUGAAUCUUAGUAGUUUGAAACCUAGUAUUUUGAAUCCUAGUAGUUUGAAUCCUAGGAGUUUGAAUCCUAGUAGUUCAAGGCCUCUAUUCUUCGCUUUCUCUACCUCAGCACGAUCUCUUGUCUUAAAAUCAUACCAGCAAUCUACAUGA